CCGAGUGUAUUAUACAGUGUGCUACAGACCAAGUGACCGCGCGAGUCAUCCGCGAGUUAGCUUUGUUCCGACUUUAAUUUUUCCCUCCCUUUGCUACCCUCUUGCGUGAAGUAUAAACCGGCCAAGUUCACUCGAUCGUCUAUCGAAACGAGGAUUACGCAUAUCACCUAUCACGAGAUCGGUCAACGAAACAGAAGAAGAAGUGCGUGUCGGAGGGAUACAGUAGCUCGUAUCUCGUACGGUACGGUGGCUAUGCAGCCUCGCGAAAUUACGGCGAGGAGGUAACGCCGACGAGCACACCAGAGCACCACGGUCCACACACCUCCGCCGACGACGCACCGGCGGCGUGUAAACAUCGAACGAAACAACCACCAAACAUGUGGACCACGAUGCUCGUGUGGACGGCUGCCGUCGUGCUUCUGCCAGCACCCCGUGCGGUUAACGCUUAUGGGGUGUUCGAAUUGAGGCUGAAAUCAUUCGUGAACGAGUAUGGGAAAGACAGUCUGGGCAAGUGUUGUUCAGGCAGUGCUUCCAAGACUGGCGAGUGCUCAGGCGUUUGUAAGACCAAGUUCAGGGUCUGCUUGAAAGAAUAUCAAGUGAAGAUCGACACGACGACGGAGUGCACGUACGGCGACGUCGUCACACCCGUCCUCGGCGAGAACAUCGUUAAUUUCAGCCCGAACGUCGCCAUGCCAAGCUUCACCAAUCCCAUCAGAUUUCCAUUCAACUUCAGGUGGCCGGGCACAUUCUCGCUGAUAGUGGAGGCUUAUCACGACGCAGACAACACGACACAACACUCAGCCGAGAAAGUGCUGAUAACCAGGCUGACCACGCAGAAGUGGCUGGACGUCGGGCCGAAUUGGACCGAGGACGAGUACAGGAGCGCUCACGCGAAGAUGGUGUACGAGUACAGGGUGACUUGCGUGACGCACUAUUACGGCAAGGGCUGCGAGAACCUGUGCAAGCCAAGGGACGACAGCUUCGGUCAUUACAGCUGUAGCCCGACCGGGAAGCGCGUCUGCCUCUCUGGAUGGGAGGGUGACUACUGCAAUACUCCCCGCUGCCUGCCCGGAUGCGACGCGCAGCACGGACACUGCAAUCAACCCGACGAAUGCAAAUGCCACCGUGGCUGGCAGGGAGCAUACUGUGACCAGUGCGAGAGAUAUCCAGGCUGCCUUCACGGUACCUGCCAAAGACCCUGGGAGUGCAUCUGCGACGAAGGCUGGGGCGGGCUGUUCUGCAACCAGGACCUGAACUACUGCACGAAUCACAAGCCCUGCUUGAACAGCGGCACCUGCUUUAACACCUUUAACGGCCAGGGUUUGUACACCUGCUCGUGCGCGCCAGGCUUCAACGGCACUAACUGCGAGAAGCCGCUUUUGGACUGCGAGUCGAACCCCUGCCUGAACGGUGGAUCAUGCACCAUGGAGACGUCCUAUGGCAAUUCUAGCCAGGCCACCGCUCUAGGUCUACCCAAAGGGUCCAUAGACUCGUCCUCGUCCUCGUCCUCGUCCACCAGGCAGCAGCAUUAUCGUUGCACCUGUCCACCCGGUUGGCGGGGUAGACACUGCGAGAUCAGCUCGAGAUCCUGUCGAGAUUCUCCCUGCCAUCACGGAGCCACCUGCGAGGACGACUCUCUUCACGGCUACGUGUGCCGUUGUCCACCCGGUUACACGGGCAACGACUGCGAAUCCCAGCUCGACCAGUGUUCCCCGAGACCCUGCUCCAACGGCGGCACCUGUACCGAUCUGGGGAACAGCUUCCGGUGCUCUUGUCCUGCAGGUUUCACCGGAGAACGCUGCGAGACCAACAUCGACGACUGCCAAGGUGAUCCCUGUCUGAACGGUGGGACCUGCGUGGAUCUAGUCAAUCAGUUCCGUUGCCAGUGCGUGCCUGGGUUCGUCGGUCGACUAUGCCAGGACAAGGUGGACUAUUGCCUCACGAAACCGUGCGCGAACGGUGGUCGGUGCAUCUCCGGGACGAAUGAUUAUCGGUGCGCGUGCAAGCCUGGCUUCACCGGCAAAGACUGUAGCGUGGACGUGGACGAGUGCCGGAGUGCGCCCUGCAGGAACGGAGGCUCGUGUCUGAACAGAGUGAACGGGUUCCUUUGCCAGUGCCCGGAGGGUUGGCACGGAGACACUUGCUCGGAUGAGGUAGGAAGCGGCACAGCCAUCUUGCCGGUUCCGUCCAACACCGCAGCUGCUGUUCCAGCAGUACCACCGUCCGGGGCUAGUUAUUGGUCGGGCAAUCUGUCCAGGCAUGUCGCGUCCGCUUCCGCGGAACCAAGAGACGCUGGCUUGACCACGGAACACGUCGUGGUGAUUGCUACUCUGUCAACAGCUGUGCCAGCGUUCGUCCUGGUCGCGGCGGUCGCCGUGAUGUGUAUGAAGAGGCGGCAGAAGAGGGAACAGGCUAAGGCUGACGAAGAGGCCAGACUACAGAACGAACGAAACGCUGUUCACAGCAGUAUGAGCAAACGAAGCGGCGGUGUGAUGGGUGGCGUCGGUGGCGGCGGAGGAGUCGGGUCUGCUGGAAGCACCGGUGUCGGUAUCGGUAACGUUGGCCUGUUAGGCGGCGGCGGAAGCGGCAUGAUCAGCGGCGGCGGAGGCGGCAGCGUGUGCACCCUAGGAACCGGGGAUGCCCACAUGAUCAAGAACACAUGGACGGCGAACAAGAGCGUGAACAACGCCGCGUCCGCCAGACAGGACGACCUCGACUCGUCGUUUCAAACGGACGUCACGCUGGAUAGCUCUUGCUCGGGUUACAAGCCAGAACCAGUGCUACAGGACGGCCGAACGCGGACAACGAAGCAACUGAACACGGAGGCGGCCGCGCAUAGGGCGUCCCACCUCUUCCAAAAGGAGAAGGAUUGUCUCGGUCUUGGUCUCGGCAUAGGCGUCGGUGUCGGCGUGAUCGAGAGUGCCAAGAGGUCGUCGGUGUUCGCGGCUAACGCGACGACGGACAGCUGUUGCGCGGCGGAGGCGGCGUUGCUCAAGAGGCCGACCACCAUCACGGAAGGAGGCAACGGUCCACCGGGAAGCGGCGGCGGCGUUACCGAGACCGGCUGUGGGGUCUACGUUAUAGAGGAUCACUAUAGGCACGACACGUCGCUCGCGGCGACGCUCGCGACGGAAGUGUAGUUUUUCUUCCUCCUAACGUGUGUCCAACUGUUAUCGUAAUAGUAUAGAGAGAGAGCCAGUCGAUCCAUGGACUCUGAUUCGUAAACGAACCUUUUUCUUCCUCGUAUCACCGAAAAAGCUGUGCGUGCCCCCGCGUGCGACUCACACGCGCCAGAAAAACUCUUGUUUCUCUCUGUGUUACAUUCGUUCGUCGUCGCACACCGUCCGUGCGCAACCACACCAGCCGACGCGACAGAGAAACACGCAUACGAGUCCCUUUUGUGCAUACACACGUACACUACGAGUACACGGUCAUCAGCGUGUGGUGCGGCGCGCUUGGCUCUCCGUUAUGGGCCAGCGGGUGAACGGGCGUGCGUUUCUUCGCGAUUCCUUUGUUUCUCUCCCUCCCGUUGCGCAGGACGUCGCGCGUGAGAACGUUCCACCGGACUUUGCCACGACCACGACGAUGACGAUGACGACAACGGC